GAGCGGCGGCAGACAACAGGGGACCCCGGGCCGGCGGCCCAGAGCCGAGCCAAGCGUGCCCGCGUGUGUCCCUCCGUGUCCGCGAGGAUGCGUGUUCGCGGGUGUGUGCUGCGUUCACAGGUGUUUCUGCGGCAGGCGCCAUGUCAGAACCGGCUGGGGAUGUCCGUCAGAACCCAUGUGGCAGCAAGGCCUGCCGCCGCCUCUUCGGCCCGGUGGACAGCGAGCAGCUGAGCCGCGACUGUGAUGCGCUAAUGGCGGGCUGCAUCCAGGAGGCCCGCGAGCGAUGGAACUUCGACUUUGUCACCGAGACACCACUGGAGGGUGACUUCGCCUGGGAGCGUGUGCGGGGCCUUGGCCUGCCCAAGCUCUACCUUCCCACGGGGCCCCGGCGAGGCCGGGAUGAGUUGGGAGGAGGCAGGCGGCCUGGCACCUCACCUGCUCUGCUGCAGGGGACAGCAGAGGAAGACCAUGUGGACCUGUCACUGUCUUGUACCCUUGUGCCUCGCUCAGGGGAGCAGGCUGAAGGGUCCCCAGGUGGACCUGGAGACUCUCAGGGUCGAAAACGGCGGCAGACCAGCAUGACAGAUUUCUACCACUCCAAACGCCGGCUGAUCUUCUCUAAGAGGAAGCCCUAAUCCGCCCACAGGAAGCCUGCAGUCCUGGAAGCGCGAGGGCCUCAAAGGCCCCCUCUACAUCUUCUGCCUUAGUCUCAGUUUGUGUGUCUUAAUUAUUAUUUGUGUUUUAAUUUAAACACCUCCUCAUGUACAUACCCUGGCUGCCCCCUGCCCCCAGCCUCUGGCAUUAGAAUUAUUUAAACAAAAACUAGGCGGUUGAAUGAGAGGUUCCUAAGAGUGCUGGGCAUUUUUAUUUUAUGAAAUACUAUUUAAAGCCUCCUCAUCCCGUGUUCUUUUCCUCUCUCCUGGAGGUUGGGUGGGCCGGCUUCAUGCCAGCUACUUCCUCCUCCCCACUCGUCCGCUGGGUGGUACCCUCUGGAGGGGUGUGGCUCCCUCCCAUUGCUGUCACAGGCGGUUAUGAAAUUCACCCCCUUUCCUGGACACUCAGACCUGAAUUCUUUUUCAUUUGAGAAGUAAACAGAUGGCACUUUGAAGGGGCCUCACCGAGUGGGGGCAUCAUCAAAAACUUUGGAGUCCCCUCACCUCCUCUAAGGUUGGGCAGGGUGACCCUGAAGUGAGCACAGCCUAGGGCUGAGCUGGGGACCUGGUACCCUCCUGGCUCUUGAUACCCCCCUCUGUCUUGUGAAGGCAGGGGGAAGGUGGGGUCCUGGAGCAGACCACCCCGCCUGCCCUCAUGGCCCCUCUGACCUGCACUGGGGAGCCCGUCUCAGUGUUGAGCCUUUUCCCUCUUUGGCUCCCCUGUACCUUUUGAGGAGCCCCAGCUACCCUUCUUCUCCAGCUGGGCUCUGCAAUUCCCCUCUGCUGCUGUCCCUCCCCCUUGUCCUUUCCCUUCAGUACCCUCUCAGCUCCAGGUGGCUCUGAGGUGCCUGUCCCACCCCCACCCCCAGCUCAAUGGACUGGAAGGGGAAGGGACACACAAGAAGAAGGGCACCCUAGUUCUACCUCAGGCAGCUCAAGCAGCGACCGCCCCCUCCUCUAGCUGUGGGGGUGAGGGUCCCAUGUGGUGGCACAGGCCCCCUUGAGUGGGGUUAUCUCUGUGUUAGGGGUAUAUGAUGGGGGAGUAGAUCUUUCUAGGAGGGAGACACUGGCCCCUCAAAUCGUCCAGCGACCUUCCUCAUCCACCCCAUCCCUCCCCAGUUCAUUGCACUUUGAUUAGCAGCGGAACAAGGAGUCAGACAUUUUAAGAUGGUGGCAGUAGAGGCUAUGGACAGGGCAUGCCACGUGGGCUCAUAUGGGGCUGGGAGUAGUUGUCUUUCCUGGCACUAACGUUGAGCCCCUGGAGGCACUGAAGUGCUUAGUGUACUUGGAGUGUUGGGGUCUGACCCCAAACACCUUCCAGCUCCUGUAACAUACUGGCCUGGACUGUUUUCUCUCGGCUCCCCAUGUGUCCUGGUUCCCGUUUCUCCACCUAGACUGUAAACCUCUCGAGGGCAGGGACCACACCCUGUACUGUUCUGUGUCUUUCACAGCUCCUCCCACAAUGCUGAAUAUACAGCAGGUGCUCAAUAAAUGAUUCUUAGUGACUUUA